UCUCCUUUGGCGUGAUGCACGUUUUGGUUAGAAAACACAUAUAAAUGAGAAUAUCCAAGGUUUACUAAUUCAGUUUCUAUACAUUCACAAUUACUUUUUCUUCCAUUUACUUACUCUUUCUAGCUCUAUCUUCUUUUCUUAUCAUAUUAAUUAUCACACAUUUUUCAAUUAUCUCUUCUAUAAUUUCUAUCAGAGUGUAAGUGUGAGUGAAAUUAGGGUGUGAACAAGUUAAUUAUUUUCCUUAAGUAGCUAGUCAGCUCUGAGACAUCGAUGGUGAGAACCCCUUCUUUUGACAAAGAUGGACUGAAGAAAGGAACAUGGACACCUGAGGAAGACGAGAAGUUGGUUGCUUAUGUUACUAGGUAUGGCCACUGGAAUUGGCGUCUACUCCCCAAGUUUGCAGGACUUGCAAGGUGUGGGAAGAGUUGCAGACUCAGGUGGCUGAAUUACCUAAGGCCAAACCUCAAGAGAGGGAACUAUACUCAAGAAGAGGAGGAGACUAUUAUCAAGCUGUACAAAAUGCUGGGUACCAGAUGGUCUGCGAUUGCUGCUCAGAUGCCAGGAAGAUCAGAUAACGAAAUUAAAAAUCACUGGCACACCAACCUCAAGAAGCGAUACCAACACAGCUCAAUCACAAAAUCUCAAGUCUCCAAGCCAAACGACCACUCCCCCGUGCAGGAAACUGCAAACAACAUAAAUGGUCCUUUCGAAACACUUCAAAUCACUCAACUAGCUGAUUCAUCUUCGCCCGAAUCCUCAUCCACAAACAUGGAGUACACCAAUGUUACCAACAAUGAUGAUUAUAAUCUGGAUAGGGAAGUUGAAUUUGCCUUUCUGGAUUCAGACAGAUAUGGUGAUAUGAUCAGUGGAAACUUCUGGUUCGAGCCAUAUAUGCUUGACAUUUCCUAUGCAAAAUCAAGUGAAAACUUUGAGUGCUUUAGCCCAGUCUUUGAUGCUGAGCUUUGGAGUUGAUACGAUGAGUGAUAUAUAUAUAUAUAUAUAUAUAUCUGCUUGGUGAGUGCACUGAAGAUGAUGUUUUAUUUAGAGUUGAUACCUUUUUCCUCCAAUUAUUGACAAAAAAUGAAUCAAAUGUAGGUGGAAAAGGAUAUGUAAUAAUUUCUAUAUACAUCCGACAUUUGUUUUCUUCUCUUGUGGGGUGGAGUUUCUCUGUUUCUGCAAACUGUGUGAAUCUAUUUUCAUAAUAAAGUUAUAGUGAUGUGUGUGUAUGGUGGGUCACCCUACUAUACGUGGAUGUGCAAAUGCCAAUCGAAUUAAUG